GGAUUAACCGGUUCAUUUUGUCACAGCCUCCCCUGCCACAGUCAGCCCCUCUCCUGGAAGCCCGCUAGGCAGGUAAAGUGUCUCCUCUGUUAUCUGCGGGGGGAAAAGAAAAAGCCCCUUCUCCCACCAGGCAUUACAGCCAAGACCGGACUACAAGCCAGGAACCCCAGGUUUGCUAGGACCUGAAAAACAGAAGGCUUGGGGGCAUCCUAAGGGUCUGAGUAACAGGCAGACAGAGCCCAUGGUCUGAGGCUGCUGUCUCUCUCCACCCACCCUGAUCCCAGCAGGAGCAGCAUGCCUGGACCUCCCAGGUUGUCCCCAGACCCCAGCUGCCCCUACAGCAGGAUGCCCUGGGGCCUGGGGCUCUCCCCGUGGAAGACUGCAGUCAUCCUGAGUCUGCUUCUGUCCAGCACUGCCCUGUCCCCCAGGUCAGGGCAGACCAAGAUUCCUCUGGAAACGGUGAAGCUGUGGGCAGACACCUUUGGCAGAGACCUGUAUGAUACCGUGACCAAAUACUCGGGCUCCCUCUUGCUGCAGAAGAAAUAUAAGGAUGUGGAGCCCAGUCUGAGGAUCCAGGCGGUGGAUGGCCUGGAGCUGGUGAGGAAGUUCUCAGAGGACAUGGAGACCAUGCUACGCAGGAAAGUGGAGGCUGUAAAGGUGCUCCAGAAUCUGGUAGAGGCUGCUGAGGAGGCUGACCUGAACCAUGAAUUCAAUGAAUCUCUGGUGUUUGACUAUUACAACUCUGUCCUGAUCAACGAGAGGGAUGCAAAUGGCAAGUACGUGGAGCUGGGGGCUGAGUUUGUCCUCGAGUCCAAUGCGCACUUCAGCAACCUGAUGGUGAACACGUCCCUCAGUAGUGUGCAGCUGCCCACCAAUGUGUACAACAAAGACCCAGAUAUUUUAAAUGGAGUCUACAUGUCUGAAGCCUUGAACACUGUUUUUGUGGAGAACUUCCAGAGAGAUCCAACACUGACCUGGCAAUAUUUUGGCAGCUCAACUGGAUUCUUUAGGAUCUAUCCAGGUAUCAAAUGGACGCCUGAUGAGAAUGGAGUCAUCACCUUUGACUGCCGGAACCGUGGCUGGUACAUACAAGCUGCUACUUCUCCCAAGGACAUAGUUAUUGUGCUGGACAUGAGUGGCAGCAUGAAGGGGCUGUGGAUGACAAUAGCCAAGCAUACUAUCUCCACCAUCUUAGACACACUGGGAGAGAAUGACUUUGUUAAUAUCAUUGCGUACAAUGACUACAUCCAUUACAUCGAGCCUUGUUUCAAAGGGAUCCUUGUUCAGGCCAAUCGAGACAACCGUGAGCAUUUCAAACAGCUGGUGGAUGACCUGAUGGUUAAAGGGGUGGGGGUCGUGGACCAAGCCCUGAGGGAAGCCUUCCAGAUCCUGAAGCAGUCCCAAGAGGCCAGGCAAGGGAGCCUCUGCAACCAGGCCAUCAUGCUGAUCUCGGAUGGAGCUGUGGAGGACUAUGAGCCUGUGUUUGAGGAAUACAACUGGCCGGACCGCAAGGUUCGAGUUUUCACUUAUCUUAUUGGGAGAGAAGUCACUUUUGCAGACCGCAUGAAGUGGAUUGCAUGCAACAAUAAAGGCUACUACACACAGAUCUCCACACUGGCUGAUGCUCAGGAGAACGUGAUGGAGUACCUGCAUGUGCUCAGCCGCCCCAUGGUCAUCAAUCAUGACCACGACAUCAUCUGGACCGAAGCCUACAUGGACAGCAAGCUCUUCACCUCACAUGCACAGGACCUAAGGCUCCUCACCACAGUAGCCAUGCCAGUCUUCAGCAAGAAGAAUGAAACGCGGUCCCACGGCAUUCUUCUAGGGGUAGUGGGCUCUGAUGUGGCCCUGAGAGAGCUGAUGAAGCUGGCACCCCGGUACAAGCUUGGAGUACAUGGAUAUGCCUUUUUGAACACUAACAAUGGCUACAUCCUCUCACAUCCUGACCUUCGACCACUGUACAGAGAGGGGAAGAAACUGAAACCCAAACCUAACUACAACAGUGUGGACCUUUCUGAGGUGGAGUGGGAAGACCGAACUGAAACUCUGAGAACAGCUAUGAUCAAUGGGGAAACGGGUUCUCUCUCUAUGGAUGUGAAGGUUCCACUGGACAAAGGGAAGAGAGUUCUUUUCCUGACCAAUGACUACUUCUUCACAGACAUCAGUGACACACCUUUCAGUUUGGGAGUGGUGCUGUCCCAGGGCCACGGAGAAUACAUCCUGCUGGGGAACACAUCUGUGGAAGAAGGCCUGCAUGACCUUCUGCACCCGGAUCUGACCCUGGCCAGUGACUGGAUCUACUGUAUCACGGAUAUUGACCCAGACCACCGGAAGCUCAGCCAACUGGAGGCCAUGGUCCGCUUUCUGACAGGAGAGGACCCAGACCUGGAGUGUGAUGAGGAGCUAGUGCAGGAGGUACUGUUUGAUGCGGUGGUGACGGCCCCCAUGGAAGCCUACUGGACAGCACUGGCUCUCAACAGCUCAGAGGACUACCAGCGCGUGGCAGACAGAGCCUUCCUGGGUACCCGGGCCGGCCUCCUCAGAAGCAGCUUGUUCGUGGGCUCUGAGAAGAUCUCCAACAGGAAGUUUCUGACCCCUGAAGACAAGGCCAGCAUGUUCACCAUGGACCACUUUCCUCUGUGGUACCGCCAGGCCGCUGAGCAGCCUGCUGGCAGCUUUGUCUUUAACCUCCAUUCUACAGAGGAGCCAGAAGGUCCAGGUGAGCCGGCGGUGGUAACAGCAAGCACAGCUGUAGCUGUGACCGUGGACAAGAAAACAGCCAUUGCUGCAGCGGUGGGCAUCCAAAUGAGGCUGGACUUCCUGCAUCACCUGUUCUGGGCAGCUACGCAGCAGUGCAGUGCUGGGGAUGGGCUGUGCCCACAGAGCUGCCGGGACAGUGACCUGGACUGCUUCGUCAUCGACAACAACGGGUUCAUCCUGAUCUCAGGGAGGCCCCAGGAGACAGGAAGAUUUCUGGGGGAGGUGGAUGGUGCUCUCAUGACCCAGCUGCUCAGCAUGGGGGUGUUCAGCCAAGUGACCUUGUACGACUAUCAGGCCAUGUGCAAACCCCCAAAUCACCACCACAGCGCCGCCCGGCCCCUGGUCAGCCCCAUCUAUGCCCUCCUGACCAGGACCAGAUGGCUGGUGAAUGAGCUCCUGCUGUUUCUGCUGCAGUGGAGCACCUGGGGCUCCUGGCGUGUGCCCAGCGGGGCCGAGGCCAAGGCUGUCUUCCAUCACACCCACAAGCACCAGAGGCAGGACGUGCUGCAGCCCUGCGACACCGAGUACCCCAUGUUCAUGCACCAGAGGGCCAUCCAGGAGGCCAACGGGAUCAUCGAGUGCGGGGCCUGCCAAAAGAGAACGCCCAGGACUGUGGCGGUGCCUCAGAAACCUCAGCCUCUCGCCCCUUGCUCCUGCUGCCUCUGUGCGCCUGGCUGCUGCCACCCCAGCUGCUGCGGUGACACUGAUUCUGUCUGACCUCUGUUUUGACAAGGUGAUCUUUCCAGAGACGUUUUAUAGUGUCAGCAACUAAUGUGGGAGCCAGCUCACUACAACUGGGCUAUCACACAGGUCAUUGCUCCCCUCAACCUUGAGCGAAUGCUCCCUGCCUCCUGAAAUUGCUGGAUGCAACCAGAAACCCCUUCCCCAAAACUAGGGUGCCUGGAACCAGCCCACACAUCUCGACGGACAUUGUCUCAGCCUUCCCACCUCCUCUUAAAGAGCCCAGCAUGAGCUCAACUAGGACCAAGACAAAACGAUUUAGUACCAUUUAUUCUCCAGAAGUCCAGACCCAGCCAAAGAAAUAGUCAGCUGCUUCUCAUGAACCUGUUUGCUCUUUAGUGGAACCCAAGGACUUAAAGGUACUGAGAAAGAGGAGCAGAAUGAGACCAACAAUACCAACAGCAGGAAUGAGACAAAGGCAAGAACAAGCCCCCACCUAAAACAUACCUGCCUCAACAUGCAAUGCACGAUGGGGGUAGUUCAGUUUCUUUCCUUCUGUUGCUCAAAAAAGUACUAAUUCUGUAUGUGUGCAUACACACGCACGCACGCAAGAGAGAGAGAGGGGGAGAGAAAGCAGGGAAGUGAAUAGUAAUGGGACACAACAGGGCAGCAGAUGUAUGUUUGCAAACUAUUGCUAUUAAUAAACUUCUAGACUGCUGGUCAAGAUGGAGGCAUAGAUAGACAAACCUAUAGGUCUGCCUCCUUGCACAACCAUAAGAAGAACUACAACUAACCCAAAACAAAA